AAAAGGAGAAAGGCCCAAGUCAGCGUUCAAAACCUCUGGUUGAAGUUGGGGAAACAGCAGUGACGAGAGAAGGCACUUUGUAAUUACAAUGAAACUUGCAGGAAUCAAAUCCGUUGAGGCGCACGACGAUUCGGUGUGGGCUGUGACAUGGGUUCCCGCAACCGCUACCCGAUCUGCACUCCUCCUUACUGGUUCCCUCGACGAGACCGUUAGGCUGUGGAGGUCCGACGAACUUGUUUUGGAGAGCACCAACACCGGCCACUGCCUCGGCGUCGCUUCCGUCGCCGCUCACCCCCUCGGUUCAAUUGCAGCUUCCUCUUCCCUCGAUAGCUUUGUUCGGGUCUUCGACGUCGAUUCCAAUGCCACCGUCGCCACCCUCGAGGCCCCACCCUCUGAAGUCUGGCAAAUGCGUUUCGAUCCUAAGGGUGCCAUUCUAGCAGUUGCUGGCGGAGGUAGUGCAUCAGUCAAGCUUUGGGACACUACCACAUGGGAUCUUAUUGAAACUCUAUCAAUUCCUCGUCCAGAAGGACCCAAACCUACAGACAAAAGUAGCAGCAAGAAAUUUGUCCUGUCAGUUGCAUGGAGCCCUGAUGGGAAACGACUUGCUUGUGGCUCAAUGGAUGGCACCAUUUCUGUUUUUGAUGUACCACGUGCCAGAUUUUUACAUCACCUUGAAGGCCACUGCAUGCCUGUGCGAUCUCUUGUUUAUUCUCCUUAUGAUCCAAGACUACUGUUUUCAGCUUCAGACGAUGGUAAUGUCCACAUGUAUGAUGCUGACGGGAAGGCUUUAGUUGGGACCAUGUCAGGUCAUGCUAGUUGGGUAUUAUGUGUGGAUGUGAGCCCUGAUGGGGCGGCCAUUGCCACUGGUUCAAGUGAUAGAACUGUAAGGCUGUGGGAUCUUAACAUGAGGGCGUCUGUGCAGACUAUGAGCAACCAUACAGACCAGGUAUGGGGAGUGGCAUUUAGACCACCCGGAGGUAAUGAUGUGCGAAGUGGACGGCUUGCUAGUGUAUCGGAUGAUAAGAGCAUAUCACUGUAUGAUUAUUCCUGAUUUAGAUAUUGCAAGGAAUGAGGACACGCUGUAUUUGUACUUUUUUUGGAAUGUUAUUAAUUUGUCAAUGCUUUCUCUGCAAAUUGAGUUGAAGAAAAUGUUUGGUUG